CGGGUUUUUUUCCAUUUGGGGUCGAGCGGUUUUCUUAACGCAGUCGAUAAUACCAUUUGGAUUUUUCUUUCUUUGUUUUUUCUUGUUUUCUUUGACAUUAAUAAGGAAGACCCGGUUUCUAUUUUGCAGCUGGUUUUGAGGGAUAAAGAAAACAACGUGCUAACUUGAAGAUUUUAAAUUUUAAUCUUUAGUUAUUAUUAUUUAAAAAAAUCCCUCAAAAUCCACUAAUUUGUCAGGGUUUAUUCCGCUUAUAGAACCUUACCUGUCUCUUAUAUCUUUCUUUUUGUUUCUACUGCUUUCAUAUCUGCGAUCGAAAGUGCUUUAAUUUCUCUUUACCCACUUUUGUUUCACUGCAGAUAUUGAUCCUGGCAUAUUUCAGGCAACACAUUUGGGUCUCUUGAUCUUUUACUAUUUGGAUCUGUAGUGGAGAUUUCACAGUAAAGUUCGCAAAUUGACAUGAGGAUUCAUCUAUAAGAACCAAAUACUUUGGUGGUCAAAAGAAAGAUGCAGUUCAUAUUCAAGAAAGCGCUAUUCUUUUUUCUGCUCUCCGUAGUAUUCUUAAGCUGUGUUUUGGCCGAGUCUGAAAAUGAAACUUCGGAAAAGCUAAGAUCUGCUCCACAUAAAAAUGUAGGAAACAAUGUUAUAGAUGGCAGUGGUACAGAGAAUUCCAUUGAUUUUGAGAGCACAAGUACUGGACUGGGUGAUAAGAAAGGCACUUACAACAAAGUUUCAAUAUCUACGGUUGCAUUAUUUACGUUGGCCAUGGCUGCUGCCACUGGUUUAGGUGCAGUCCCUUUCUUUUUUGUAGAGCUAGAUCCACAGUGGGCUGGAUUGUGCAAUGGAAUGGCUGCGGGGGUGAUGUUGGCUGCUAGCUUUGACCUCAUACAGGAAGGGCAGAGCCAUGGUGCUGGCAAUUGGGUUGUGAUUGGGAUUUUAUCUGGUGGCGUUUUCAUUUUGCUGUGCAAGAAGUUCUUGGAACAAUAUGGAGAAGUAAGUAUGCUGGACAUAAAAGGUGCUGAUGCAACUAAAGUUGUCCUUGUUAUUGGAAUUAUGACUCUUCAUUCAUUUGGAGAGGGCUCAGGUGUUGGAGUCUCCUUUGCUGGCUCAAAAGGUUUUUCUCAAGGGCUUUUGGUAACUUUGGCCAUUGCUGUGCACAACAUACCAGAGGGGUUAGCUGUGAGCAUGGUUCUUGCAUCAAGGGGUGUUUCACCGCAAAAUGCAAUGUUGUGGAGUGUAAUUACAUCAUUGCCUCAGCCCAUUGUUGCAGUUCCAUCAUUCAUAUGUGCUGAUGCAUUCAACAAGUUCCUGCCCUUUUGCACUGGUUUUGCAGCUGGGUGUAUGAUCUGGAUGGUUGUUGCGGAAGUACUUCCUGAUGCUUUCAAGGAAGCCUCAUCUUCUCAAGUGGCAUCAGCAGCUACGAUUUCUGUAGCAUUUAUGGAAGCAUUAAGCACUCUGUUCCAGAAUUUCAGUCAUGACUACAACUCAGAGGAUGCUUCAGGCUUCUUUGUUUCAUUGCUUUUUGGCUUUGGGCCAUUGCUUGGUGGCAUCAUACUUGUUGCAUUUGCUCUUGCAUUCCACCUUCAGCAUGCCCUUCUCAUGGGUGCAGCAUCUGGCAUUGCAUUUGUCCUUGGUGCUUGGCGGCCGCUGCAGCUACUUGUGUCUUCAAAAAUGGGGUUUAUCCCCCUUUCAUUUUUGCUUGCACUGGGAGCAGCAUUUGUCCAUGUUUCCAGUUCUAGCAUCUCGAGUCUUGCGGGUCGCAAAAGGGCAUCAGCUAAUAAUUUGCCCAUGGUAUAUGGCUUUCCUAUGAGUGUUCACACCCUUCAGUCAUUCCUCUCCUGUGGGGCAGUCGCCUUUCAUGCUUUGGCUGAGGGGCUUGCACUAGGAGUAGCUGCUCCAAAAGCUUAUGGACUUGGUCGGCACAUGGUCCUUCCGGUCUCUCUACAUGGACUUCCUCGUGGUGCUGCUGUUGCUAGCUGUAUCUUUGGCGCAACUGACAGCUGGCACAGUGCUCUAGCAGCAGCAGCUUUAAGUGGAUUUGUGGGUCCAAUAUCUGCUAUUGGAGCAAUACUCGCUGGAAUUGACUACAGCGGUCUAGAUCACAUAAUGGUUUUAGCGUGUGGGGGAUUACUUCCAAGCUUUGGAAGGAUAAUUGGGAGAGCAGUAAGGUUGGAUACAAGGAAAAGCGGCUGUGGUCUUGCAAUCGGAGUUGGGUUUGCAACACUUUGUUUAAUGUGCACCAAGUUGGUUUGCUUGCAUACACCUUACUGUAAUUCAGCUCCUGAGGCUGUUAGAUGAGUCCAACUUAACUCAAUUUACCGAAAUUACAUGUGAUGUUGGGGCCUGUAACGUACACAGCAUGUUGGAAGAACUUGUAUAGUUAGUUUAUUGGGACCCCAGCAAAAAUAGCAAAGGAUGAUAUAGAGGAAUCUCCCAUUGAGGAUGAUUUCUAUGUGAUUCAAUUCCCCACAGUUUUUCUAUAAUACUACUCUCUUUCUCAA